UGCGCGUGAUAAAAUCGUGGAAUUGAGACUUCUGUGUUAGGCGGUUAUUCUUUGUUAGUGCAAUAUAACUCAAAUGUUAGAUAUAUUUAGGAAAGAUUUUUAUUUUUGAUUAUUUAUAAGAGCAUAUCUCUCUUUUAUUCAGAUUACUUUAUUGACAUUCAUUCAAACAAUCAUUAUGUCGGUGUUUUGGACAAUUCGUUUAUAUUUAUAAUAUGUGUGUUUAUUCCAUGUAUGAAGAUAGUUUUUUACAAGACUUAUUUGAACUCAUAAAAAUAUGAUAAUAUUUUUGACAUCGUUGACAGAAAGAUAAAGUAAUAGUUUGAAAAUCAGAAAAGUUGACGAUGUUAAAAUGUUCAAAUUAGAAUCAUACAUUACACCAGUGUUACUCAAUUAUGUUGGAAAGUACGUUAAAAAUUUCAAACCGGAGCAGUCCCAGGUAUCAUUAUGGGACGGAGAUGCUACAUUUCAAAAUUUGGAUUUAGAGCUAAAUGUUCUAAAUGAACAAAUUAAUUUCCCUUUUACAUUCAUCAGUGGGCAUAUUCAUGAAUUAUUAAUUCAUGUACCAUGGGUAAAAAUAACAUCAGAACCAAUAGUAAUAACAAUUAAUACUAUUGAAUGUAUACUAAAAAUGAAAGAUAAUUCUGAUGUUGACAAUGAAAAAUCUUUACAACAAAAACCAAGCUUCGAUUCAUUACAAGAAGAAGCACCAUCUGGUUAUAUCAAGAGUAUUGUGACAAAAGUCGUUAAUAAUAUAGAAAUAAAUUGUAACAAUUUAAUUCUAAAAUUUGUUGAAGAAGAUAUUGUUCUUAGUGUGAAUAUAAGAUUUCUGGGUUUUCAAAAUGUUAAUAAUCUGUGGCAGCCAGCAUUUACGGAUAUAAAUAUCCGAGACAUGAUUCUACGCAAAUUAAUAACAAUGAAAGAUUUGACAUUAUGUCUUGAUCGUAUGGAUGCUUCAGGAAAAAUUGAAAUAUAUCAAGAUCCAGUUGUUUAUCGCUGUUCGAUGGUGAUCCGAUGGUUAACAAAUUAUUUAAAAUAUGAAAGCAGUCAGAAUCAACGAGAAUCUGUAAGUAGAUUUGACAUUCACUUCAAUAAAAUUGAAUUCAGCGUUACAGAACAGCAAAUACCAAUGAUUUUGCGGCUUAUAACGUUGUUUAUGAACUCUCAAUCAAAAUUAUAUUCUGGAGGUGGUAGUUCAUCUACACAUUCAGAAAAAAAUGAUGCGAUUGCUAAAAUUACUGAUGAUAAUUUAAUUGGAACUUCGAGUAUAUCGAAAACAAAUAUUCCAAAUAACAAUAGUAAUAAUAAUAACAAUAAUAAUAAUUUAAAUUGGAGUUCAUGGGCUUGGAAUACUUUAUCAUCAUUUGUCCCUGAUUGGGGUGGUGAUUGGUCACCAGAAAAAUCUUUAGAUGAUGUUAUUCAAGUAAUGGAUUUUGGCAUAUAUAUUGAUGAUGCUAUUAUAACAUUUAAGAUCACAGAAUUUAAUCGAGAAUUAUUAACCCACAAAAAUGUAAAGGCUAAAUAUCGUCCUUUUGUCACUUUACAAUUAUCUGGAAUGACAGGAACAAUUAUGAUUCAUGGAUCAAAUUUCACGGGAAUACAAAUUGGUUUAGGGUAUAUUAAAGUUUAUCCACAAGGUAAUUGUACCUGUGGAUUUUACGAAGUUAAUUCAAGUACCAUGCAGGGAUUGGAUUUUUAUUUAUCUGCAGGAGUUUUCAACUCCGAAUAUUACAAAGGUUCAUUAUUUGACUUAGAAGCAGUAGAAAAUCGUGGAUUAACCAAAGAUUAUCGAAAAAUAAUGAAGAGUCGAGUGUAUUCAGCGGAGAUUUUUGAUGAACUCGUAAACCGACUUUCAGCAUUUGUUUUAGAUUAUAAUCAUCUAAUAGAAAUGCCUGAAGAAUUAAUAGAAAGUGAAUUAGAAUCUACAGCAUAUGAAAAUUUAGAAUUCAAUAAUUUAAUUGAAAAUAAAAUUACCAAAUAUUAUAUUGGUGAUUUAGAAAUUAAAAUAACAUCUGGUUUAUUACAUAGAGUAUCUACAAUAAUUUCACUAAUUGAAAAUGACUUUUUGGCAUUUUUUAAUAAUGAUACUGACGAAACAGUUUCUGAAAAUUUACGUGCAGUUACUAUAGAAGAAUAUGAUGCAUUGAGUAAUUACAUUCCAAUUAAAAAUCUUGAUUAUAAAAUCAAAAAAUUAACGAUACAAUUUAUUCUAGCAGAUCAUUAUCAAGACUCACAAAAAAUGUUUAUAGAUAAUACUAAAAACAUAAUGAAAAAAGCUCACAGUCAUCCACGAUUAAGUAUUGAAAUCGAUAGUAUCGAAUUACAAAUUAAGAUGCCAAUUUAUCCAUUUAAAUUAGUUUCUUGUGCAUCUCAACAAACAGAAAUACCCAUUACAAUGUUAAAUAACUGUUACAAGCAGUAUAAUUUGAAAAUGUUGAAUGUGACAAGUCGAUUAAACAUAAUGGAUAAUUGUCAGAUGUUAUUCAUUACACCUUUUGAUUGUCAGUUAUCUAGUAGGCAAUUACUUCAUCCACAAUAUUGGACGAAGUUCAACUUAAUCUAUAAUUCUUAUGAUUUUCAAAUAGAUAACAUAGUUAUCACUACAACUAAAGUUAAAUUAUUGAUUAUAAAUUACAUUUUAAAUUCAAUAUUUUCACCAACAAAUCUAAAUGCUUCAAUAAUUUCUACAAUCAUUAGCGAUGCUUGUAAUGAAAUUAAUCCUAUUAUUUUAGAAUUAAAUAUUGAAAACAUUAAAUAUUUGAGUAAUAAAUAUAUAAAGUAUACAUUAAUAAAAGGCAGCAUAAGUUCUAUAAGAAUUUUUGCUUUAGAUAAUAAUAACCAAGCAUUUAUAAUGUCAGGAUCGAAUAAUCAAUCAAACAAUGAUGAUCGUCCAUUAUUAAAUUUGAUCGCACAGUAUCCUAAUGAUUUUAAUGAUGAAACUGAUAAUUUGAUUUUCCUCUUACAAUUCUCAAAAAUAAAAAUUAUUUUAGAUCCGUUAUUAUUUAAUUGGCUACAAUAUAAUUGUAAUCCAAAUAACAUUCAAUUAUUUAAUUCAUCAAGAUUACGUUCGGAAAAUCAAACAAUUGAUGAAACAUCAUCUGAUAAUAGCACAAGGAAAAAAUUUCCCAGUUUACAUGAAAAUGUUCAUAGUCCCUCUGAUGGAGAUAAAAAAGUUCAUUUAUUUAAUUGGAACAGUUCUAGUAAAAAUCAAAAUUUUAUUAAAAAAUCAACAUGUGAAAAAAGUAAUAUGACAUCAUUAAAAAUCACGAAUUUUAUAUUAAAUCAUUAUUCGAAAUGGAAAAAAUCAAUUUUUAAUUUAACUUUUGAUGAAUGUGUUAUUUAUCAGCCAACGAUUUCGAUAAAUAGCGUUGGAGUUGAUAGUAUUAAUGAAGCUAUAGAGCAUGCAUUGAAUAUACAAAGCUUACUAAAAAUUUUCGUCACACAAAAUUCAAAAUUUCAUGUUAAAUCAGCUAGUUGGGAUAAUAAAUAUUUUUCAUUAUUAGAUUCAGUUGAUUUAAUUAAUAUUGAUAAUUUGAAUAUUAAAAAUUUUCCAUGGACAUUAGAUUUUGAUAAAUUUUAUUGUUAUUCUGUGAUAAAUAGGAAUAGAGAUAGUUAUUUAGAUAUAAAGUGCUCUAAUAUUACCGUUGAUGUGACAUUAAAACCUAAUAUUUCAUCAAACAACGAUAAUAGUUGUAGUACUUUAGGCUUUUGUAUUUAUAUACAUACAGAACCAAUUAAAAUUUCAGUAACAACAGACCAGCUAGAAUUGAUAGAUUAUUUAUUAAUUAAUAAUAGGACAAUCUUUCAUUUGUUUAGUACUAAAGAAAAUAAUAACCAAUCAUCAUGUACCAAAUUAUUCCAUAAUGAUAAUUUAAAAUUUCCUUUUCAACAUCCGUUAAGUCCAACUCAAUUAUUUUUUACUGAAACUCAGACAACAUCAACGUCCGCUUCAAUAUCACGAAAAGAGUCAGAAGUAGAGACUGAUAAUACUGGAGGAAUAACUGCCUGGAUACAGUGGACAAUAACUAAAAUAAUCAUUGAAUUUUCAACGGAAAGUAAUUUAGAUUGUGAUAAUAGGAAUAAAAAUGACAUUUUUCAAGAUAUAGAUUACAAAAUAGUUGUUGAAUUGGAAGAUAUUAUAACAUCAAUAGAUUGGCAGUUAAUUUACAUGAAGUUUAAAAAUAAAAUUACAGCAGCUAAAAUUACACAUUAUGAGAAAUUAAAAUCAUACGAUAGUUAUAAUAAUGAUUGGAAAUUAGGAAGUUAUACUGGAUUGAUCAUGUCAAGUAAGAAUGAGGAUUUAAAUAGCAAAAAUGAAGUAGAUUUUUUGAAUUUAACCGUAACUAAAGCUAAAUCAAAUAAUGUCUAUAAUAAAUGGAUGAAAUUUAAUAAUAAUAAAUUUUCAAAAACUUAUAUAUUUAAUGAUAAUAAUGAUUUAUCAAUGUCAAAUUAUAUAAUGGAAAUUGUCGUUGAGAUGCAAAUGAUUGAAAUAAUUUUACCGGUAAAUUUAAUUAAUAAAUUUGAAAAGCUUUUAAAAUGUUUUUCUAGAUAUUCAGAAAGUGAUGAUUCACAAAGAACAGCUCAUAAACAGUGUCCUUUAAUGUAUGUAGAUUUUAAAGGAUUGAAUUUAAAAAUUCCAAUUGAUUCCUCGACAAUAAAACGAUAUGAUAUGUUAGUUUUAAAAACAGAUGGUAUUUCAAUAGUACCACAUGCUGAAAAUCCAAUAUGCCGUACAAUUUUACGCUCAGAUAUUUAUGAACUUGCUGCACAAUCGAAUAUUUUAUAUACUCCUGGUUCGAUUUUAGAGGAUCGUCAAUAUCAAAUAAAAAUAAAUAAUAUUUAUAUUUCAAGCGCAAACUGGGAAACUUAUGAUAUUAAAUUAAGUAAGAGGAAAAGUCAACAACUGCAUACGAUGAAUGAGAAUCCUGCUUUAGAAUGGAAUAAAAUUGAAAAUGAUUCAAGUAAUGAGAAACUAUUAAUAUCUUGUUUAAUUAAUAAAUUAAAUAUUUCUUGUAUUUUUGCACCUCCAAUGAUGUUAACAUCUGAUGUUAUAGUCUGUGGAAGUGCAAUUGAAAUAACUUUUCUUACUGAUAUUGAAGUGUAUUUAAGUCUAGAACAAAUUCAAUUAUUGACUGAAUUUUUUUAUCGAUUAAAAAUAUUGAGUUCAACAAUUUUUGAUGAAAAACAAACUGAUAAUUUAACUACAGUAAUCGGUCCAACUAAUAUUUCAUCAAUAAGAAAAUCUAGAAUUGAAUCUAUUCAAGAAUUUCGUGAAGAAAUACCAAAAGAUUCAGGAAUUGAUGUUGAUACAUCAAGUAUUGAUGGUGGUAUUUGUUUAGAUUCAAAUAUGCCAAAUUAUAGUACAAAAAUGCCCUAUGAAUAUGUUAUUAAUUGUGGAAAAAUUUCUGUUUUUAUAUAUGAAUUUAAAAAUGAAUCUAAUGAUAAAAAUAUUUAUAUAUCUAAUUCAAAAUGUCCUUUAUUUUAUGUUGAAAUAAAUCAACCGAAUGGUUAUAUUUCUCAAAAGCAUCUCGUUUAUACAGUUCGAAUAAACUGUUUUGACGUACUUAUUAGAAUUAAUAAGGAAAAUAAUAUAACUACAGAUAUACCUAAUGUUCAUGAUUAUUUAGAUGUACUAUUAGAAACCAAAAAUGGUGAUCCUGAUUCAAACACAGGCAUUCCACCAUCUUUUUUUAUUAUUAAAUUAGAAAAAAAUCUAGGAAAUUAUAAACUUUGUUUGGAAAUGGGUCGUCCAACAAAAAUUAAUCUAUCAGACUCCAUGUUUUACCGCAUAAAUGUAAUUAAAAACAAAUUAGUUGAAAUUGUAGAAAUAAUGAUGGAAAAAACUGAGGAUAAAAAUGAAUGUUCAGAUACCACAUCAUCUUCACAAAGUAUAUUUGUUCAGAAUAAUAAAAUUGAUACAAUGAAUAUAAAUCUUAAAACCAAACAAAUUGUCUUAGCCUACAAAUUUAAUGAUCUUACUGAGAUUAUCAAUAGUCUGUCUGAAUCAUUCAUUACUGUUGUUAGUAAACCUAGAAAAAUACACGGUGUAGUAGAUUUAGUUUCAUUCAUGAUAACUUCAAUCAUCAAUUACAAUACAAAAAUAUUUUUAAAUCCAUUUACUUGCAAAUUUAUAUCAAGUAUUUCUUGGGAAUCAUGGCAAAAUAUUAAUGCUAAUCCUCUGAUUCAAAUUCAAAGUUAUCUUGAUUCAAUGAAUUUUGAACUUGGUCCAGAUCAGUUAAAAAUUCUUGAGAAUAUUUUUAUUUAUGUGCAAAAUUAUUACAAUCAAUUUAAUGUUGAAGAUAUUCCAGAGAUUGAUGUACAAAAAUUAUUAUCUACUGAACAGCAUUAUCAAGAUGAUUUAAAAGCAGGUGCAUUUCAGUUUGCUGAUGGAACCAAUGAUCAAUUUCCAUUACCUUAUCAAGUUCUUUUUUCCAAUUUUCCCAAUAUAAUAAUGGCUUGGAAAUAUCCUCAACCGCGAGUUUUAACACGUUUAAAUUUAACUGAUGUUUUGUGGGAGAUAACAAAUCCAGAAAUUAUUAAUCUAGAUAAAAUAACUUGUGUAAUUGAAUAUUGGAAUGAUAGUUUAAUGUCUUAUCAACAUUUUAUUGACUUUAAAAUAUCAGAAUUUGAUAAUUUUUUAUUGCUACCAAAUAAAUUACCUACUAGAGCUGUUUCUUGCACAUGGCGAGCUAUUAUUUAUUCAAUUGAUGGAGAACCAACCACAUUAACAGCUCGAGAUCUUGCUGAAUGUUUGAGAAUUGAUUCUUACUUCAAUUCUCUAUUAAUACCAUCCAUUGAAAUUACAUUGAAUAUUAAUUAUAUAAAAUUAUCAAUAUUUAAUUAUUUUUGUCAUGAUAACUAUAGAAAUUUACCUUAUCCAUUAAAUAAUUAUAAAUUAAAUAAUCUUAUCCCAUCUAAUCAAUGUUUCGCGACAAUUACUCUCAGUAAUAAUCUUUUAUUUUACAAUAAAUGGACUAAUGGUGCUAUUAUGACUGAUUAUAGCAGUACUCUAAGUAUUCAAAUUUUAGAUUAUGAAUCAAUAACGAUGCAAAAUUUAUUAGAGCCAUUUACAUUUAAUUUUCAAAUAUGUCAAUUAAAUAGAACAAGAAUGCUAUUAAUGACAAAAGAGUUAACAUUUAAGUUCAAUGCUGGAAUAGUUCAUUCACUUACAUUAUCUUUAAAUUCAUGGUAUGCUAUUUUACAAAAUAAUCACAGUCGUACUAUUUACAAUGGAAUAAUAAUUGCUAAUGAUUGUAAUAUACCAAUUCGAUUUACUCAAGAUAAAACAACAGACGAUUUUAUUUUACAAAGUCGAGAAUGUUAUUUUUAUUCAUGGCGACAAAAAUCUCAUUCUAAAUUACGAAUUGCUAUUAAAAUGGACAAUCAUUGGAUUUGGAGUGAUUUAUUUACACCUGGUAGUAAGAAUAAUGUUAUUGAUAUAAAUAAUAAUGGUUGUAUUCAAAAAAUUUUUUACAAAAUCAAAUCAAUAACAUCAACACAAAAAAUUAUUUUUUUCAGUGGUCAAUUAAUUAUACGUAAUGAAUUAAAUGAUAAUCUUGAAUUAAAAUUGAUAAAAUAUGAUUCUAUAUCAAAUAAUAAAACUAUCUUGUCUGAACAAAUAUUUUUUAUAUCAAAAAAUUCAACUCUUCCAUCUUUAGUUAUCAAUAAUACUGAUAAUAUGGCUAUUAAACUGAAAUAUUCACAUUCUAAAAGUUCAAUUUCAUGGACAGGAGAUAUUCCAUUAUUAUUCAAUUCCGGUUUUCAUCAACCAUGGCUCGUUAAACUUCCUACUGAUAAAAAUAAUCAAUUUGUUAGCAUUUGGGUACGAAUUAUAACUGAAAAUUUAUCAUUUGGAUGUAAAAUUUUAGUCUUAUUAACUCCAUUAUUUUUAAUACAGUCUUGGUUACCAUCAUCAUUAACAAUUCAUAUUAAUACUUUAUCCUUAAAUGUCUCGAAUAUUUUAACAAUUAGUGAAUAUGGUAAAAAAUAUCAAGUUUAUUGUGCUGGAACUACUGAACAUAGUCAUGAACUAAAUAUAGAAUUUAAUAAUGGUAAAAUGUUAGAUUAUAGCAUUCCUAUGUCUUACAAUUUCGUUGAUCAACACAAUUACUUUAAACGUCCUAAGAAUGAAAAUAUUGAUGUUAUUUUAGAUGAAUUAGAUAACAAUAAUUAUCAAAAUAAAUCAAAUUCAAUAUGGCCAUUUGAAUAUGAUCAGAGUAAUUAUAUAUUCGUUGAAUCACAGACUGAUAUAAAUGUUAAAUAUAAGGAUAGUGGAUUAAUAUCAAGUACUUUAUUAGUUGAACUACGUCCAUGGUGUUAUAUUUUUAAUCAUUAUGGAAAAACGAUUAAGUUAAUUUCAUCAAAUACAAAUUUUAGUCAUUCAAUACCAAGUAAUGGAGUGAUAUCACCACCAAAAAUAAUGGAAAUUUUUUAUAUUGAAAUUGAAUUAUUUAAUAAUACUUUUAUAUCAUCACCACUACAAUUUGUUAAUUCAGAUUUGAAAAGAGAAUUUUCAAUGCCACAAAUAAGUGGAAUGAUUCCUCUUGAUGGAUCUAUUAAAAUUCCAAUCAAUUGUCAAUCAGUAACGGCCAUCUUAAUCAUUAGUUCACAAAUAGUGGAUGAUAUACGAGUUAUAAAAAUUUCAAGUAGCCAUGUUGUAUGUAAUUUAACAAAAUAUAAUUUAAAAGUAUCAUCAAUUUAUCUUAAUAAUAAUUUUUCUGAUCAUGAUUGGUCAUUGAAAUGUGAAAAAUUUCAUUUUAAUUCAACUUCAAAUGAAAAUAAUAAUUCAGGAACUUCUAUUGAUUAUUGGAUAAAUUUAGAUUCUGAAAAUAAUGAUCAAAAUUAUUCAAAUUUAUACUUUACUUUACGUUUAAAUAACCUUAGUAAUAAUUUCAAUGAUUGGUCAUGUCCAAUUAACGUUAAUCAAUCAUCGGAACGUUAUUGUAUUACUGUUCAAGAUGAUAAUAAUUCAACGCUUCCAAUCGUAAUUACAGUCCAGAGGGAUACUUAUAUUUUUUACAUCACAAUUCAUUAUGAUAAUCAUCCUCAAUUUACAAUUAAAAAUUCUUGCCCAUUUCCUUUUGUAAUUGGACAGCCAAAUUUAUCAUUUGAUUCAAUUGAACCAGAUUCACCACUAUUUGCUUGGAUAUGCAAAAUAAAACCCCAUCAUACAUGUAAUUAUACUUUAAAAAAUUUUGGUAGUCGAUUGCCUGAUAAUAUUAUCAAUAAAGAAAUUAUUCCACGUUUAAUGUUCUGUGUUCCAUUGUGCCUAAAACAAACAAACGAUGAAUUAAAUACUAUUGAUAAAUUUAAUUUAAAAUCAUUUGAAAGUAAAAGUAACACCAUUUGGAAAACAGUCAUUGAAUUUCCAACUGUUUUUCCUAUCAAGUUCGAUCAAUAUAUUAAGAUAGAUUUUUAUGGUGAUAUUAAAGUGAUGGUUGAGAGUUUUGGGCACACUAUUUAUAUUUAUUUAGAACCAAAAUCUGAAAUUGAAGUGUCAAUAAGAGAUGUUAGAAAUCGAUUGAUGAAUGAAAAUAUUAAAUUAUAUGAUCAAAAAUCAGCUAAUGACAAUGUCAAAAGUAUGAUAACAAUAAAAUCGAAUCAAUUAUCCAUGGAAAAUAGCCAAGAAAAUAAUUUAUCUAAUUCUUAUCAAGAUGAUAAUAACAUAAUACCUAAAAACUAUAGCAAUGUUAUUUCAAAUAAUUCAGAUAGUAUCAAUUUCACAAUUUACUUUCAGGGAAUAAAUAUAAUAAUUACUCAGGAUGACGAGUAUGGUAUUAAAAACGAAGUCUCUGCUCUUUAUUUAAUGAAUUCUUUUAUAGAAAUAACUUGCAGUGCUAAGUAUUUUAAUAUAAAAACUUUCAUAGCUGAUUUACAAUUAGAUAACCAGUUAUAUGAAAAAGGAGGGUAUGAUUUUUCAGUUGUUUUUAAAAGUCAAAAUCCUUUGGUGAUUAAUAAUAACACUAUAGCUAAUUCAUUAUUAACAUUAAAAUCCAUCACGACUGAAGUAAGAAGGAAUUCUUUAUUAAUUAUUGAAUGUUCAGUAGACAAAGUAAAUAAUAUAACUGCAUUUAAAAAUAUAUAUAUUCGAAUACUUCCAAUAAAUAUUUAUAUCGAAGAUAAAUUUAUUACUCAAUUAUUAGAUUAUGCCACAACAUUAGUUAGACCAUUUUCAACUAUAUGUUUUGAUAGCUUUAAUUCAUUAGAGCUGACAAAAAAAUCAAUUGAUAGAGAAGUGACUAAUAUUUAUGUUCCUGAAAAUAUAUUAAUAAAUGCAAGAGUUAUAAGUUCACCAUUGAGGUUGCAAAAUUUAAAAAUUGAUCCAAUUUCAAUAUUGUUAAGUAUUCAUACAUCAGCUAGGCUGUACGUUGCUUUAGACCAUUCACCAUUACAAUUUGGUGCUUUUGAAAGACUAAAUGUAUUUACAACGCCUUAUAAAUUAGGUAAUGAUAUUACAAUGCAUUAUUUGUCAGGUGCAAUUUUUGGUGCAGGUUGGGUAGUAGGAUCUUUAGAAAUUCUUGGUUCACCAGGAAGCUUUGCUCAAGCAUUGAGUUCAGGUCUUAAAGAUUUUAUAUCAUUACCAUUUCGAGGCUUACUUCAAGGCCCUUGGGGUUUUAUCAUUGGAAUUACUCACGGAUCUGCUAGUUUAAUGAAACAUAUUACUGCGGGUACAGUAAAUUCAGUUACGAAAUUAGCUUCUAGUGUGGCACGUAAUCUUGAUCGAUUAACUCUAGAUGAUGAGCAUCUCCAACGACAAGAAGAGGCAAGGAGAUUAAGACCUCAAAGUAUGACCCAAGGUCUUUAUAGAGGACUUACAGGUUUUGGUAUUAGUCUUUUAGCUGCUGUAGCUGGUCUUGCUCAUCAUCCUCUUCAAAAUUUUUGGUCUCAAGAACCUUCCACUCGUGGUAUCGUUACUGGAGUUGGAUUGGGUCUUGUAGGAGUUGUCACAAAACCAUUAAGUGGUGCAGCUGAAUUAGUUGCACUUACUGGACAAGGUUUACUUCAACAUACUGGUUGGAAUUCAAUGCCAUUAAUUCGACGCAAACCAAAUAUAUCUUUGAAUUAUAUUGAUAAUUCAAAGUAUCGGUAUUCAUGGAAAUUAAUGGAUUAUCUUGAUAAAAAUUAUGACAGAAUUGUUUAUUCAGUUGAUGCUGAAAUGAUUGUUGGUAAUCAAAAUUUAAAUGAAAAACUUUCUGUUGUUUUAGUUUUAACAAAAAAAAAAUUAAUUAUUAUUGAUACUUAUCGUGAUAAUGUUGAAAAAAUAAUGUCACUAAGUGAAUUCUCUUGUGUAGAUGAGAAUACUAAUGAUCCAAAAUUAUUGAGAUUAGUAUUUUUAAUGAAUAAUACUAAUAAGCCAAAAAAUCAUUUUGAUACUAGUGAAAUACAAGAAAUGGAUACUGAAAUGAGAUCAAGAGUUGAGCAAUAUGUUUUAAACACAGGAUUUAAUAUUCACCCAAAUGAAUCAUCGAGUAAUGAUGUACUAGCUAAAUUGGUAUCAAGUAAUUACGAUGAAAAUUCUUUAUUAUUUUUAUUUGAAUGUUAUACGAAGGUAUGCUUUAUAAAUAUUAUUAAAAUUAUCAAAAGACAAAUGUUGGGUAUAGAUUUUACAGUUUUAUAAAUUUAUAUUUAUGUGUGUGUAUGUGAAAUAUUUGUAAAAAUGAAGUAAUAAAUGAUUUAAAAAUUUCAUGCUCAA